CAUACAUCAACGUGAGAAAAUAAACUGGUCAAAGGGCAAGCUAAGUUCAUCAUAAACUACACUAAGAUAUCCUGAAUACUAUCUAAUGCGAGGUUUUCUGCCACCCCAGCAUAGCCGAUAGACCAGAAACAGAGCUUGGAAGAGACAUGUGAGCCUUUAGCAAUCGGCUUGACGGUAUCGAAUUGUCUGAUCUGGUUGACAAGUGUCCCAUCGACACACCUUGGCCAAGCCACAUGAUGGCUUUCUUUUCGUCAUGGCCUGGCUGCAUGUAGAUCUCCUCAUCUUGUUGGCCACGGGAGAAAGAAUCAUACAUGGGCCCGUUAAUGCUUCCUACAAGUGUUCUCAAUAGCCACCCUCGGCGAGUUUCAAGCUUGACUGGGCACAAGCUUGUAAUCCUGAGAUCGAAUAUCGAUUUCCAUGGCAGGGAUCUUGGGUGCCAGAUCUUCUACCACUUAAACACGGUUCGUGAGGUCAUUGAGCUUCUUGUUAAGGGAAUUAAGCUUGUCGUAAAGGGGCUGCAGCUUCCUAUCAAGGAGUCUCUCAAGAUCAUCUACCGAAUUGUGAAGAAUAAUGCCUGGCAUGGCUGCUCUUUGUAUACACCGCCAGUCGCUACUACUGACUGAAUGGCUCAGUGAGGCGUCC